AGUAUUUUGUUUUAGUCAUGGUUGGAUUUACCCUGCUCAUUAUCUUAUAAAUAACCGUGUGAUUUGCCUGAUCUAUUUUCCUCUGGCAUUGUGGAGGAAAAGGGUAUCUUGUUACAUUUAUGCAAAAGAAAGUAAAGCCUGGCUAUUAUCUGUUAGCAUAUCUUGGUGUUUGUCAAGGUGUCAUUUACUACUGUAAUCCUAAGGGAAUUUAGGAUUCAGUUGAAAAAUUGUUUUGUUUGCUCAGUUUAUUUCUCUGUGUCAUUAUGAUAUAAGCAAUUAGAAUAGAUGUGGGUAUUUGUUGUUUGUUUUUAAUGAAGUUUACUAAUUUCUGUUUCGCACUUGUGUACCACUUAGAGUGUUGUGUCUGCUACCAAGAGGCAGCUCUGCAUUGCCAUUCAAACAUCGGUGGGGAAAUUAUCACACUUCUCAGUUUUGGAAACUAGUUUACAUAGAGAUUUUCAUGUAUGCCCUUGUGAACUUUGGUUGACUGCUUGUGGGUGACUGUCCUUAGGUAAAGGACCAAUUGAGCCUAAUUGUAUUUAGACAGAUGUAGCUGUUACCUUACAUCAGGUGAUAGGAACUGCAGGUGAAGUGAACCAGUUACUGUCUGAUUUCAGCAGAGGAUUGGUUACUUUGUUCUUGAGUGGAAAGAGCUCAGGUUGGCCAUGUGUAUAGACAGGGAAUUUCAGAGCUACUUAAUAUUUGGUUUAUCUUUUUCCACCAGAUCCCAAGAAAAGUGUGGAAGAUGAAAUUGAGGCUAUUCUACAGGAGCGGAUAAUGGUUUUGGAUGGGGGCAUGGGGACCAUGAUCCAGCAACAUGCGCUGACAGAAGAGCAUUUCCGAGGGCAUGAAUUUAAAGAUCAUUCCAGGCCUUUGAAAGGCAAUAAUGACCUUCUCAGUAUAACUCAGCCUGAUAUAAUCUGUGACAUACACAAGGAAUAUUUGCUGUCAGGCGCUGACAUCAUUGAAACCAACACUUUCAGCAGCACCCGAGUUGCACAGGCUGACUACGGCCUUGAGCAUUUGGCAUAUCGAUUAAACAGUAGAAUGAUGCUGUGCAUGUUUUUAAGUUAG